ACUUUAAAAAGGCAUUUGAACUUUACAGCUUGGCACUGGUGAUGGACUUCAUCAUGGUGGUUGGUCGGGUCCACAUAAGGAUAAGGCUACUAUUAGCCUGCUUCCUCUUUCUCUCUGUCUAUGGACAAACCUCAGGACCAUAUUUCAUGGUGACAUUUCCUGCAGUGAUCGAGUCUGGCUCUGAUGCAAAGUUCUGUGUGAGUCUUCUGAAGCCCAAUGAGACUCUGCAAAUGAACAUUUAUCUGGUUCACGACAACCAGAACAGAACUCUUUUACAAGAGACAGUGGAAAAGGAGAUUCACUACUGCUCUAAUUUUACGGCUCCACAGGUUGUGGGUGAAUCAGUGCAGGAGAUCAAAGUGGAAGUCAGCGGUGAAAGUUUUAAGAUGACAGAGAAAAGGAAAGUUAUGUUUAAAUCCUAUGACACAUUGGUUUUUAUUCAGACUGAUAAACCCAUCUACAAACCAGGCCAAACAGUGAAUUUCAGAAUUGUCUCUAUGGAUUCUAAUUUAAUCCCACAUGAACAAAAGUACAGCACAGUGAGUCUUCAGCAGGAUAAUCACCAGAACAGGAUUGGUCAGUGGACGAAUGUGUCCUUGACAGGUCUGAUAUUGCAGCUUUCUCAUGAGCUAAAUGCUGAGGCUCCAGAGGGAUAUUAUAGUGUAAUUGCUGACACUGGAAAUAGGUUGAUCACACACCAAUUUAAGGUGGAAAAGUAUGUUUUACCCAAGUUUGAGGUUACAUUAAAAGCACCAGAAGAACACAGCGUCGAUGAAGAGGAACUGAAGAUAGAAGUUUGUGGAAAGUACACUUAUGGACAACCAGUGCCUGGUCAAGCAGUGGUGCAGGUGUGCCGGAGAAUUAGGUAUUAUUACGAGGGACCGAUGAUUUCACCCUGUCUGAGUGAAACUGUGGAGAUGAGUCAGACAGGCUGUGCAUUUCUUAUCAUUAAUGUGUCAAACUUCAUGAAUACUGAGUUUGAACAUAAAUUUGAGGAUCAGCUUCAAGCUACCACUACACUCAAAGAGGAAGGAACAGAUAUUUCCAUGGUGAAAUCUGUUAAGAUAAAACUUUCUUUCCAAAUUGGUAAAGUGGAAAUCCUUGAUUCGCCUAAAAACUUUGAACGGGGAAAAGUUAUAGAAGGAAGAAUUAAAGUCACUACCUUCAGUGGAAAACCAAUUCCUAACAAGAAGGUGUAUCUUUCAGAAGGUGAACGGUGGUCUCAGAAGUUACUACUUAAUCUUACUACAGAUAGCAAUGGAUUGGCAGACUUCUCAGUUGCCUCACCUGAACAUCCUAUAACAGAGAUAAUUUUGAGGGCAAGUGUCUAUCCAGAGGAAAAAUACCAUGCAUACAAAACACCAUUCUUUUCAAAUGCUGAAGCACGUAUACAUCUGCUCCAACCUGCCACACCUUACAGUCCAGUGUUCAGUGAAUUGUCAAUAGAGAGCUCAAAGGAACCAUUUAAGUGUGGUGCUGAAAUUCCCAUAACCAUUAACUACUAUAUUGUUGGAGAAACGACUGAAAAUUACAGCAUUGAUCUUAUAUACACGGUCUUAUCUAAAGGAGCCAUAGUCCAUCAUGGGCAUGAGGAAGUUGAAGUGGAAGCCUCUACAGAUGUCAGAAAAGGAAAAAUCUCAUUUAAACUAUCUAUUGUUCCUGAGCUGGCUCCUGUAGUGCAGGUUGUGGUGUACUCUGUCCUGCCCAGUGAGAACAUCAUCGCUGCUAACAAGAAUUUUAAUGUGGAAAAAUGCUUCGGAAAUAAGGUUUCGCUACAGUUCUCUCCCUCUAAAGCAGUUCCUGGUGAGAAAAACACUCUUAAGCUCAAGGCUCAUCCUGGUUCACUGUGUGGCCUCAGUGUUGUUGAUCAGAGUGUGUUCAUCUUAGAGUCUGGAGGACGCCUAAAUACUGACAAGAUAUUUAAUUUGUUGCCAGUGACAUCAGUGUCAGAUUAUCCCUAUGGAGUUGAAGAUGAACUGGAGUGCUUGCAUGUCAGACCCCGACGGGAUGUACAAAGUGACCAUGUUUACAAUAAAUUAAAGGGUGUGGGGUUGAAGAUGGCAACAAAUUUGGCUGUUAGACAACCUCACUGUUUGAUGUACAAAGGCGUGCAGUAUCAGCGUGAUUUUUAUGUUUCAUACAGGACAAAUGCUGACCAUUUGCGUUUCGCGGUGCCGAUGGCAUUAGGAAAGUAUGUACCAGAUCAUGAACCUAUUGAGACAGUUCGCAAAUUCUUUCCAGAAACUUGGAUAUGGCAACUUCUUGAAGUUGGGGACUCUGGAUCAGCACAGCUUCCGGUCACUGUUCCUGACACCAUCACUACUUGGGAGACAGAGGCUUUCUGCGUGUCCUCUAGGGGUCUGGGACUGGCUCCUCCUGUUCAGCUCACUGUAUUUCAGCCCUUCUUCCUGGAGCUCUCGUUGCCGUAUUCCAUUAUCCGGGGAGAAGUUUUUGAGCUGAAGGCCACGGUCUUCAAUUAUCUUUCCAAAUGCAUUAUGGUUAAAGUGACCCCGGCUCCUUCUUCAGACUACACUCUGGAACCCUCUUCUGAUGGCGAGUUUUCAUCCUGCCUGUGUGCAAAUGGCAGAAAAACCUUCAAAUGGACUCUGAUUCCCACCGUGCUUGGAGUCUUGAAUGUGACAGUGAGUGCAGAGGCAGAACAAUCCCAGACGGUGUGUGAUAAUGAGAUUGUGAGUGUUCCAGAGAGAGGCCGUAUUGACACAGUUACACGGAGUCUGAUUGUGCAGGCUGAAGGAACUGAAAAGACAAAGAGCCAAAGCUGGUUAUUAUGCCCACAAGGCAACAGUGUUUUAGAGCAACUGGACCUGACUCUUCCUGAGGAUGUAAUAGAGGGAUCAGCACGAGUUUCUGUUUCAGUACUUGGAGAUAUACUUGGCCGUGCAUUAAAAAAUCUGGAUGGACUGCUAAGGAUGCCAUAUGGCUGUGGAGAACAAAACAUUGCUCUCCUCGCCCCCAAUAUCUACAUUCUUCAGUAUCUAGAGAACACUGAGCAGCUCACCACAGCUAUCCGUGAGAGGGCUACUGGUUUCCUUAAGAGUGGAUACCAGAGGCAGCUAAACUAUAAACAUUUUAAUGGUGCAUAUAGCACAUUUGGCAGGGGAGAUGGGAACACAUGGUUAACUGCUUUUGUCUUGAGGACUUUCGGCAAAGCACAACGUUACAUCUUUAUUGAUCCAGAAAUCAUUAACAGUGCAAAGCAAUGGCUAAUAAAUAAUCAGAGAUCAGAUGGCUGUUUCAUACAACAGGGAAGUCUGUUCAAUAAUAGAAUGAAGGGUGGUGUAAAUGAUGAUGUGACCAUUACUGCCUACAUCACUGCAUCAUUCCUUGAACUUGGAAACACAGUCCAGGAUCCUGUUGUGAGUAAAAGUCUGCUGUGCCUGAAGUCUUCAAUCGGUAACCUGACAAACACCUACACCACUGCGCUGUUGGCCUACACUUUCAGUCUGGCUGGAGAGAAUGAAACUCGAGAGCACCUGCUAAAAGAGUUGGAUAAUGUUGCUAUUGCUGGAGAUGGUCAGCUUCACUGGUCUCAGUCAGCAUCAGAUGACUCCGGCUCAUUGUCAGUGGAAAUCAGUUCUUACGUGCUGCUAGCUGUUCUCACUGCAGGUCAACUCACUACAGCUGAUUUGGGAUACGCUAAUAGGAUUGUCAGCUGGCUAGUGAAGCAGCAAAAUCCCUAUGGAGGCUUUUCCUCCACACAGGACACAGUUGUGGCCCUCCAAGCUCUGGCUCUAUACUCCACUAAAGUGUUCAGCUCAGAUGGCUCUAGCACAGUAACUGUAAAGUCAGAUAAUGGACACAGUCACAACUUUGAUGUGAACCAGAACAACAAGUUACUGUACCAAGAAAGAUCACUGCAGGAUGUUCCUGGCAAAUACAGCAUUGAAGUGAAGGGUGACACCUGUGUGUCAGUGCAGACAGCACUUUUCUACAAUAUCCCUACACCUACUGAACCCAGUACACUGAACAUCGCGGCUAUGACUGAAGGAAACUGCUCCAAAUCAUUCGGACAAUCUUUGGCCAUAAAUUUCUCUGUCACAUAUAAUGGGGCAUUAAACAGCACUAACAUGAUCAUAGUGGACAUAAAACUCUUAUCAGGGUUCACAGCAGAUCCUGGUGAACUGAAAAACCAGAUUUUGGUGGAACGAGUUGAUCCCAAAGAUGACCAUAUUAUUGUGUAUAUAAAAAAGCUCCAAAGGAAUAUUCCUAUCAGCUAUAAGCUGCACAUUAAACAGGUGCUUCCCAUCAGGAAUCUCAAGCCGGCUGUGAUCAAAGUUUAUGAUUACUACCAAACAAGUGACCAGUCUGAGACGGAGUACACAUCCCCAUGUGUGUAAGCUUCCAGAUCUUCAUUAAACACAGAAAAGUUCUGGAUA